AUGUUCUCAGGUUGGUGCUUCACAUCCAACAGUGCGUGGCAUAAGGGAGGACGAAUUAUAAUUGCUUGGAACCCUUUGAGAUUCAAUGUAAGUAUACUAAGUUGUUCAAACCAGUUUAUUGAUUUGUCUGUUACUACUGUGGACAAUAAGCAUAGUUUUUUCGCCACUUUUGUAUAUGGAUUUAAUGAUGAGGAGGGGAGGAAAAGCUUGUGGAAAGGAUUACAGGAUUUGGCUAGAAUGGACCCAUGGGUUGUGCUUGGGGACUUUAAUGACAUCUUGAACAGGGAUGAAAGAAUUGGGGAUAGAGCAAGACACAACUUGAAUAAUGAGUUCAUUAAUUGUGUUUAUGGCUGUCAGUUGGAAGAUGUUAAAUACAGUGGGAACUUCUAUACUUGGAGUAAUAAACAGCAGGGAUCAGAUAAAAUCUACUCCAAGAUUGAUAGAGUUAUGGCGAAUCAAGCUUGGAUGGACAAAUUUACAAAUGCUGAAGCUAUUUUCCUUAAUGAAGGCAUAUUUGAUCAUACUCCAGCAGUUCUUAUAGUGCAUUCUGACAUUCCUAAUGGAAAGAAACCAUUCAAGUAUUUUAGAAUGUGGUCUUCUCAUCCUCAAUACCAUCAAGAAGUGUGUAGGGGGUGGCAUCAAAUGGUUAAAGGGACUAAAAUGUACCAAGUUGUGUCUAAACUUAAGAAUCUUAAGUCCAUCUUUAAAGAGCUGAACAAGAGGGGUUUUUCAGAGAUUCAUAUGGCUUAUGUGCAAGCUAAAGAGAAGUUGAGUGAUUGUCAGAAUAAAAUGCAUCGAGACCCUUUGAAUGUGGUUCUACAGUGUCAAGAAUUGGAAGCCAGAAAACAUUAUGCAGAGGUACAGAAAAACUACAACUCAUAUUUGUCUCAAAAAGCUAAGGUUACUUGGGUCAAAGAAGGUGACGAAAACUCUGCAUUUUUUCAUUCUAGUAUCAAAGAAAGAAGGUGCCAAAAUAUGAUAUAUUAUAUUAUCAAUGCAGGGAUUAGGGUGGAGAAUCCUGAUGAGGUUACUGAAGCUUUUUUCUCCUAUUAUCAGACCUUGCUGGGUACUCAAAUGGACAAUAGGCAUCAAGUUAAAAACUCAGUUAUGGCUCACGGACCUGUGCUAUCUAGGCAACAGGUAGGUUUUCUUUCAGCUGAGUUUACUAAGGAAGACAUUAAAGCUGCUGUGUUUAGCAUCCCUGGUAUGAAAGCUCCAGGACCUGAUGGUUAUUGCAGCUACUUCUUUCAAGACAAUUGGGAGUUAGUUGGUGACGAGAUAAGUGAAGCUAUAUUAUCAUUCCUACAUACAGGGCAGCUGUUAAAAGAGAUUAAUUCUACAGUGAUUACCGUCCUAUAUCUUGCUGCAAUGCUCUAUACAAAGUGGCUACAAAAUUGA